AUGGUGCCAGUCGUAAACAACGAGGAGGACUCCCAGAGAGCCCGCAAAGCGGAACCAGCCGCCGCGGGGUCCCGGGCCGCCGCGGGGUCCCGGGCCUCCGCGGAGCCCCGGGACCCCGCGGAGGCGCACCCGGCGCGCCGCAGGAAGCAGAAGAUCACCUGCAGAAUGAGCGACUCCGGGUUCGAGGAGGAGCUGUCCACACCGACCCGGUCCCCGGUCCGGACCGCCGGGUCUCUGGGAGGGCUGUCCAACUGGCACCGGCACUACGGAAACAUCGGGUACAAGAUAGAGAAGCAGAAGGAAGCGCUCUUCCAUCCGGCCAAGUGUUUAGCACGCCAGCCGCAGGUGACGGCGGAGGCUCGCUGUAAGCUGGUCAGCUGGCUCAUCCCGGUGCACAAACACUUCCGUCUGUCCUUCGAGUGCUGCUGCCUGGCGGUGAACAUCAUGGACCGGUUCCUGGCGGCCACGCCCGUCGCUGCCGACUGUUUCCAGCUGCUGGGGGUCGCCGCGCUCCUCCUGGCCAGCAAGCAGGUGGAGAUGUUUUCCCCACGCAUCAGCCAGCUGCUGUCACUUUGCUGCGACGCCUUCACCAAAGAGCAGUUCUGCAACCUGGAGUGUCUUGUGCUCCUUCGCCUCAACUUCCGGCUCACCGCGCCAACGCUGGCCUUCUUCCUGGACUACUACAGCAACUGCGGUGAAGCCGACCCACCUGCAGCCGGGGAGAUGGACGGCAGUCCAGUGAUGGAGGACCGGGGGCAGAAAAGACCCCAGCGUUUCAGCACGUUGGCACAAAGGGUCUGUGAGUUGAGCCUGGCUGACUACGCCUUCAACAAGUACCCGCCCUCCCUGACCGCUCUCUGUGCGCUGAGGAUAGCCGGCGAGUUACUCGGGGCCAGUGAAGGCCCUGAAACGCUAUCCGGUCGACCUCAAACACAUCAGCACAUGCGGGGUAUCCUCCAGGCGCCGGAGAACCAACAGGGAAUGGUUGUGAAGGACCCAUGCCGUGAAAGGCAGUCGACGGUGGACGGUGACCCAUCAGGGUCAUCAGAGGAUGGUGAACUGUCAGGGUCAUCAGAGGACGGUGACCUAUCUGUGAUGGAGGAAUCCCACAGCAAUGGUCUGGUCCGGGAAUGCAGGGAAAACUUGGAGCUUUUGGUGUCGCUAAACCAAGAGACAUUGCAAGUUAUGUGA